CUUCCUUCUCUUUGUUAAAAAGGAUCAACAUCAUGAGCACCAUCACUAUUCCCACAGCAUGUGACAUGCACAUUCAUCUGCGACAAGGAUCGCUUAUGAAAAUGGUUACGCCUGCUGUGGCGGAAGGAGGCGUCUCGAUCUGUUAUGUCAUGCCCAAUCUCCAACCAACCAUCUCCAACACUGAGAUGGCGCUUGCAUAUAAGGCAGAACUCGAGAAGCUGGCGCCUAAAGUUACUUUCCUUAUGUCACUUUACCUCAACCCCUCAUUGACUCCCGAGGAGAUCAGGAAGGCAGCUAAGGCUGGUGUUCGCGGUGUCAAGUCGUAUCCUCGAGGCGUAACAACAAACAGCGAGUCUGGUAUUGAGAGCUACGAUAUUUACUAUCCUGUGUUCAAGGCUAUGGAAGAAGAAGGCAUGGUUUUGAACCUUCAUGGUGAGAUCCCAAGUGAUGCAGAUAAAAAUGUCUGUGUCAUGAACGCUGAGGAAAAAUUCUUGAACCACCUCAAGGAUAUUCAUUUGGCUUUCCCAAAACUCAAGAUUAUUUUGGAGCAUGCAACUACGGAAGCAGCUGUGAACAUGGUCAAAUCCUUGGGUGACACCGUUGGCUGCACCAUCACUGUGCAUCAUCUGCAGUUGGUUGUUGAUGACUGGGCUGGCAAGUGCCACAACUUCUGUAAGCCCGUCGCAAAGUUCCCUAGUGACAGACAAGCUCUUCGCAAUGUUAUCAAGGAGGGUCAUCCUCGAUUCUUCCUGGGUACAGACUCUGCGCCCCAUCCUUCACACAAGAAGGAAGGACCUGAAGCAUGCGCUGGAGUGUUCACGACCCCAUUGGUGUUGCCCUAUUUAGCGACGAUCCUCGAGUCCUUUGGUGCAUUGGAUCGUCUGCAAGACUUUGCCUGUAACUUUGGUCGUACGUUCUAUGAGGUUAAAAAUGAGAAAUGGGUUGGACAGGUGACUCUUGUGCGUGAGACUUGGGAUGCACCUCAGAGUUACUCCUUUGGGGACGCGAGCGUAGAUGGCGAGGAACAUGGCAAGGUGGUUCCAUUCAUGGCUGGCAAACCUCUGGCGUGGAAGAUUGCAUCGAUUGCUUAGAUUACUUAGAUGCCUAGAUGCCUCUAAAUGAACAGCGUCCAUAUAGUUGUACAAUUCAUUAAAAAGAAAGAAAAAUUAAUCAUGCA